AUGCUCGCGACUAUUGACACUGUCCCGCGCCUACAAGCGCAAAUAUCAACCACUGCGAAGGCUAUACUUCCAUCGAUUCCAAAGAUCACUGGCAAACGGUUCCAGAAGCUAGUGGUCACCAAACGCCCACAAGCAGCACCUGCCAAAGUGACACGUACGCUUCCUUCGCGAACCACCAAUGACAUACAAGAACGCCGAGGACCUCCCGCUCUGUACCAUCUAGACUUCCCGCCACCGGCGCCCGUCCCAGAACUCACGUCCAUUACUCUCCCGCCCUCGUUGGCACAGCGCAAGCGCGUACAACACUGGGCUGUCAUACUGAGUGGAUUGGCAGCUGCAGAAAGAAGACAAUGUGUCCUAGUCUCGCGCAUGUUCCGUUACGCAGUGUACCUUUCCGCCUUCCAUAUCCUCAAUCAGCGUCAUGAUGGCCGCAGACUUUCUCAAGACAUCUCGCAGUACUCGCAGGCCAUGACGAACACAUGGCCAUAUCUUCGCAUCCGCGAGGCAGAAGCUCUGCAGCGACGGCGCAUACACGAAGCGUCGUUCCUUGCCAAGUUCAUUAGGUCUCGAGGUUUACCUGACCCGGUCGCUAGUCACCUCUGGUCAAGCCCAGACGAUGACAAGCAAAUCAGCGUUGCGCUAAAGUUCGUACUGUCUAGGCUCUGGUUUGCUCUGUCUAUCGGAUGCGGCGCCGACGACUCGAAAUCAAUUUCCUGGCUGCAAGCUGUCGUGGUCGACGCCCAACCCGUUAUCCCGAACGAGAUCUGGAGUAUCACCGUGGAACACGGGAUUGGCUCCAGUCAACAAAGGGAAACGUUCUACGUUCUAGAGGCGACCUACGAACCGGUUGGGCGUCCGGCAGUAGCCCAUUCUCCAGGACAGCGUGAUCCAGCCACCCAACCUGAUAUGCCCGUGCGUGCGGAUUGGUCAAAGUACGUAGAUCGGCAUCUGCGUUCAAGCAAGGAGUCUACCACGUUGAGGCUACUGGAUCAGCUGAAAUGGGCGAAUCACGAAGAAUACGAGCGUGGGAUUAGUCGCCUGUGGCUGAAGAGAAUACAAGGCGAAGGAGAGCUAGGUCGGGCCAAGCGAAUCGUUGCAGAGCGAUACGUCCUUGCGUGUGUCGUCGCGAACAGUGUCAGUGGACAAUGGAUGUCUGCAUCGGAGAUGGCACAAGAUUUCGAUGGACUCUCGUCCCGCAGCCACGCAGCCAGCGUGCGCCCCAAGGCCGGCCAAGUCAACAUGUACCUGCCAGAGCUCAUUGCGCCUUGCUUCCCCAGACACCAUCAUAUCGAAAGCAUCCACUUCACGUCCACAGGGGGGAAGCCGUUGCACCCCGCGCUUGCCGUCGUGCAGACGCCUCAUCGAGCGUACUUCAUAUUGCGCGACAACGGCAUGCAAGUGGGGUGUGAAGAGGAGGGUGUCGCUAGUGUAUGGCAGGAAGUUGUUGGUUGCAAUCAGUUAGGGCACUGA